AUGUCGUGGCUUAACAAAGUCACAGACAUUGCUGAAAAAGCAGAAAGUUUACUCAACAGACUUGACCAAAAUGCUGCGGAUGCAUUGAAAAAGCCUAAAUCUGUGAGUGGGUCGGUUAGAGCGUUCCCUCGUGGAGAAAGCCAAUUGUCAUUGCGUAAUGACGACAGGCACUCUGAAGGUGGAUUUGAAGCCAGUUCACGAGGAUACACUAGGUCGUACCACGGCGCGUCAUCUGUCAAAUCUUUUGGGGAUAGGCAUACUGAUGAAGAUGAGCUUAUAGCAUUUCUGAACGAGAAUAAGAAUGUAGCAACUUCGGCAAGACCGCCUUCUGUAGCCAGUCGCGCAUCAACAUCUGGAGCGAAUCGUGUGGGUAGCUCUUCACCCAAAGGUGGUAUAUUUGAUGUGUCCGACGAAUUAAAAGCUCAACAUUCUGAUACUUUGAAGUCAUUGCAUUUGAAGGAGAGCGAAGUUGCAGUUAUGCGCGUGUCUCUUCAGGAAGCAGAAGAAUCUAUUAAAAGAAAGGAUGCAAAAAUAGGGGAACUUAUGAAGGAAAACGAGUUGCUUAGGAAUGAUUUUCGGUUUCACGUUGGUUCAAACGAGGAUAUAGCUGUCGCUCUCAAAAAAUUAACGGACGAAAGGCAGCGUGAAAAAGAGAGCUUCGAGGCACGUGAGGAUGAAUAUGCCAAGAGACUUGAAAGUAUGCGAGAAGAGAAAAGCAGUUUAGUUAAGGAGGUUGAAGUGCUACGAGCAUCAGUGUCUGAAAUGGAGCAAAAAUCGAAGCUUCAAAACGAAGAGUUGCGGUUGGCGAAAUAUAAUUUAGAAGCUAAUAAACACGAAUUUGAUGAGUACAAACAGAAGGCACAAAAAAUCCUUAGUGCGAAAGAGCAACUUCUUGCUUCUCUUAAAGAGAACACAGCAGAAGGCGGUGAUGACAGCUCGUCAAUGGUUGAGCUGCAGGAGUUACGCUGCGAAAAUGGACUGUUAAAGGAAGACGCUCAACAGUCACAACUUGUUAUUUACAAUUUGAAGGCCGAUAUUCAAGACUUGGAAAAUCGUUUACGGGAAGAACAGAAGUCAUCGUGUGGGCAGAGGGAAGCUCUUCUGGAGCAAAGUCAUCGUCAUUUGAGUGCAGCAAAUCAGUACCACGAACAGCUGGAAAGAGUUCAGUUGGAGUAUGAGUUCCUUCAAGCCGAAAUGAGACGUCAGGAGGAAGCUGUUGAGAGGAAACUUGCUGAAAAGGAUGUGGAGCUGAUGAAAUUGAUGGAAGAAAGGAAGUGGGGAAAAAAAUAUGAUGCAGGCGAAGCUGAGCAAAGGCUGAAUACGAUGGGUGAGAAGUUGAUUGCAAAGCAGACUACCAUUGAGAGGCUUGAGGGCGAAAAAAGAGCUCUUGUCUUGCGUCUUGAGAGAGCGGAGAAGGGUCAUAGACAAGUAGAAACAGCUGUUGGCAGUCACUAUAUUAUAGAAAUGCACGAUGAUAACAGUAGCCAACAUAAGUCGAUAUUUAGUUCAUCCGGUAAAGAACCAUCAGUAAUUCGUAUUUCAAAAGGUUUUCUACGGGGCAUCGAUUUAUUAGGGUUGCGCCUUGCCAGUUUUUUGAGGAGUCCUGUGUUUCGUAUCUUCUUCUGUAUAUAUUGCAUCGCUUUACAUUCAUGGGUGUUCUUCAUUAUUUUGACUUAUUCUCCAGAGAUUCAUCCUCUGUGA